GCAUUGCGAGCGUCGCAUAACAGAGCAUUUUCUACCAAUCCUGAAAAAUUGACAAUCUGCAAAAUAACUUGAGAAAAACAGGAGGUUUGUAGGCUGUGACUCUGUGUGGCUCGUACGGUGCUCUGGGAGUGCGGUACACGGUGGAAAAGGUCACAAAACUGUAAAUCGAAAGUAGUACCUGUUCAAGCAGCAUAAUCUGUUCCACCGACAAGAGUCCGUCGCCAUUCGUCCAUUACCUUCCAUCGAUUACCACGACCAAGCGCACAUCACAGCAUCAAAAUGGUCAAACGAAAGCCACAGGCGAUGAUAGACUCGGAAAGCAGCAGUGAUUCAGAUUCCGGAUCCGACCUAGACACCGAACUACUGUCGCUGGCGAAGAAGAAAAAGACUACCCGUCUAGCAUCGGCGUCUCCAAACAAUGCAGCCCAUAAUCGGUCCGGGUCCGGUUCCGGCUCGGACUCCGAUGACGAAGACGACGACGAUGAGGACGAGGAAGAUGAUGAGGAGGAGGACGAUGAAGAGUCCGGAUCUGAAGCGAUGACGAAGCGCAAGCGGAAGGGUGGUAAACCAACUUCCUCAUCCGAAUCGGAGGGGGAGGGAGACGGUGACCAUAGAAGGAACAAUAAUCCAUCUCAGGGCGGCGGUAGCAACACGGCUCCACAAGCUAGCGGUGGCGGAGUGAAACGCAAGCAACCGAUUGACGAAGAGGAAGAUAAAUCCGAGCCGGAGGAGGGUCAAGUGUCAUCGGAUUCGGAAGCCACUCGCCGGGGUGCGGUGUUGAGUACCACGGCAGGGGGAAACGCGGCUGCAGCUGCAGCAUCGAGUGAAGACGAUGACUCCAGCAAUGACUCUAGCGACGACAGCAGCAGCAGCAGCAGUAGUGAUUCCGAGUUCAACGAUGGUUACGACGAUAAUCUUAUGGGUGACGAGGAGGAUCGAGCCCGGUUGAACGCACUGUCGGAAAAGGAGCGGGAAACGGAAAUUUUCAAGCGUAUCGAACGGCGAGAUGUAAUGAAAACUCGGUGGGAAAUCGAACGUAAGCUAAAACUGGCCAAGCGCGCCGAGCGGGCCCGCGACAAGCAGGCCCAACCGGAGAAGAAAAAGAAGAAAAAAGAGAAGAAAAAGGCCCAGAGGAAAGCAGAAGCGGCGGCAGCAGCGGCAGCGGCAGCGCAGGCGGAAAAAGAACGCAAGAAGGCAGCGGCCGCGGCGGCUCAGGCAGCAGCAGCUGCUCAGGCGGCGGCAGCCCAAGCAGCGGCCCAGGCAGUAGCAGCAGCAGCGAAAUCUAUCGGACCGGCUGGUGCGGAAAGCCGAGAUUCACCGAAACAAACUUCGCUUGAUGCUAGUGACUCCGCUGGUGCAUUAACGCGCUCGGAUAGUCCUUCCUCUUCGCCGGAAAAGAAAAGUGACGAUGUUUCUAGUGCAUCCGAAUAUUUCGACCCUAAGGAGCGCUCAAAGGAGAGGAAAAAGACGGUCGAGAUGAACCGUACGGACGAUAAACGAAGCAAUGCGAUGGCCAUGCUGAAGGCAAAGCGCGAGGGUAAGGCGAAGCGCGAGGAAGAGGAAGCGAAAAGGGAAGCCCAGCGCAAACAGGAUGCUAACCAGCAGGAAGACAAGGAAGAGCUGGACGACGUGCCCGGCGGUAAGUCACAGAUGAAGCUGAAAGCGUCCGACAUCUACUCGGACGAUUCCGGCAGCUCGGACGACGAUGACGAUGGGGACAAAAAGUCCGGCGAUCGUCGAUCCCGCUCGGGUGGAAGUGGUGGAAGCGGCAGUGGCAGCGACAGUCGCUCUUCAAGCGAUUCCGAGGGUGAGGAUAAGGAGAAAAAGUCCGGUUCGGGCUCUGGCUCGGGUUCGGGGUCCGGGUCCGGAUCGGGAUCGAGUAGCAGAAAACCGGUACAGAUUAGCUCGAACGCCGAAUUGAACAAACUGCGAAUCUCGCGCCACAAGCUCGAGCGGUUCAUCAAUCUGCCCAUCUUCGAACCGACCGUGAUGAACUGCUUUGUGCGGAUAAACAUUGGCAACAACCAGGGCAAACCGGUGUAUCGAGUGGCGGAGAUUGUCGGAGUGGUUGAAACGGCGAAAAUCUAUCAGUUUGGGCGCAGCCGAACGAACAAAGGUUUUAAGCUGAAGCACGGCAGCCAGGAACGCGUUUUUCGGCUGGAGUUCGUAUCGAAUCAGGACUUUUCCGACACCGAGUACCAGAAGUGGUUGACGGUGUGUGCGUCGACCGGAACACCGCUCCCGACGGUCGACAUGAUCGAGCGAAAGCAGCGUGACAUCAAGGAAGCAUCGAUGUACGAAUUUAAGGAUGCCGAUAUCGAUCGACUGGUGGAAGAAAAGAACCGCUUCCGCGCACAUCCGACAAAUUAUGCGAUGAAGAAAACGAUCCUCAUGAAGGAACGCGAUGCCGCUCAACUGCGAGGAGAAGAUGAUCUGGCCCGUGAGCUAAACUCACAGAUACAGGACAUCGAGGAACGAGCGAGCACGCUGGACAAGAAGCGCAGCAGCAGCAUCAGUCUCAUUUCGUACAUAAAUGAUCGCAACCGAAAACGCAACGUGGAAGACGCAGAGAAGGCCAUCAUGGAAGAGAAACGGGCCAUGCGUGGUCAGAAGAUCGAGGAUCCGUUCACGCGCCGCCAAACGCAACCCCGGAUGUCAUUCAAGAAGGACGAAAAGCGUGAAGAACCACAAAUGAUGGCCAUGUUGGCUCCGCCACCCCCUGGCCUGGGCAAGAAGAAGCAAGAGGAGAAAAAACCGAGCCACGGGGCAGGUCAAUCGGAUAAUAACCUCUAUUCACUGCACGAUUUUGAUAUCGAUCUGGAAGUUCCCUUGCCAAUGGGGUCCGUAAAUGUGCUCCCGAAACCUGUCGAAAAGCCCGUGCGAGAGUCCGGACCGAAACGAUCACUCAAUUUGGAGGAUUACAAAAAGAAGCGCGGGUUGAUUUAGUUCUGCGCAUCGUCCAUCUACAACACGCUAGCCUUUAUUUUUUACCUCUCCAUGCCGGCUUCCCAGUCGGCGUUCUGUGGUGGACUUCAAUGGUCCAACGAUGGGCAGGAGAUUUGUAGUUUAGCGAUCCCUAGGGUAAAGAAAGGUACGCGUUAUCCAAACUAGACAAAGGCCGCCUAACGAAACAUCGUGAAAGCAAUAACGAAUCAAGCGUAUUCUCAAGAAAUUGUACAUUUUGUUUCGCUUCUGUAUGAGACACAUGAGCAGUGUCUCCAGAGCUCAGAGGGAAUAAUUCUUUAACGUACUUUGGGUAUUAUAAUUGUGGCUACCGUUAGGACCAUGGUUUAAAUUGUGAAUCCACUUCAAUUGUGUGUUUAGUGUGCUAAUUUAUUUAAUGCUUUUUUUCUACCAGGAUGUCAGGAUGUUCAUGUCAUCUUAACUGUUACAAACCCAAAGCUGCAAUAAAAGACGCCCCAUAAGCAACAAAACAGAGCGAGAAAUAAUAAUAGGCAAAUUACGAAUCAGGGCUAGAACAGAAAAAAUUAACACUCAAGCAAUUACAGUAGCACACUCAUUAGCGACUAUACUAUAGGCUUAGAAAUAUAUAUUCAUAGGUACUCCACGUCAGUAAAAGGAAGCCGGUUAAAAGGAAUUGUGUGCAGAUAUCCUGGAUGCCACAAUUAAGGAACGAAACACUCUAUCCUAUCGAGUGUGAGGGUACGUUACUUCCGGGUCGUGUGCCGGAUUUUAACGAGUAAGAAUAACUAAUAAUAAUAAUGAUAAUAAUGAUAAUAAUAAUAA